AUGAGCUGUGAUGGUGCAGGAAUGUCUUUCUCAGAAAGAAUUCCCGAGAAGAUAUUCAAUGUUGUUGUGAAAGUGCUAAAAAGGGCCUUAAAGACUCAGAGGUUUUUACUGCUUCGUGCUGGAAUCAAGGUCUAUGUCAUCAAAGCAUCUGGGUUUGAAGAAGAUAGGAAUGCCGCUUUGCAGAACCUGGCAACUCUCACGGGGAAGUUUAUAACGGAAGAGUUUGGUUUGAAUCUUGAGAAGGCUAGCAUUACCGUCAUCCAAAUUGAUGAGGCUGCUUUGAGAGAGGUCUUGCCUUUCAGGAAGUCCGAGCACGCUUUCUACUUGGACUGGGCUGUCCACUCUUUCAGGAUCACCAACUGUGGUGUUCAAGACAUUACCCAGAUCCGCACCCGCAUGUGCUGCUCUAACUUCAAUGACAUUAUCCACUCUAUCAUUGACAUGGACGUUGAUGUGAUCACAAUUGAGAAUUUCCGAUCUGAUAAGAAGCUCCGUUCAUUGUUCCGUGAGAGAGUGAAGUAUGGUGCUGGACCUGAUUAUGGGCGCAUCUCACUCGAGUCUUCAUUGGCAGUUCAUCGUUUUCCAUGGGAGAACAUCCGAGGAAGAAUUUCUUACUGCAUGAAUGACAACUUCCAUUCUAAGGUCUUAAAAACAGUCAAAAACUUUCAUUUGAAAGAGCUCACGGCCUGUGACAGUUCUGAGAGUAUCUUCAAAUCAGUUAUGAGUGGGGUGCAAGCGAUAAUUGCCUACAAACCCUUUGCAAACAAAGAGUCUAGCCCAGAAGACGCCCAGGUUAUAUACGUGGAUGUUUUUUUCAUGCAAUGAACAGUCUUGAAAAGACGUGCCUUACUAUGAUGACUUCUCAUGGGUGAUAAGAGGAUGAAGGCUGCCAACAUUCCUGGUGCUCUGUUGACUAGACCUCACUCCAGGCUGCAUCCUUACUUAAUUUCCCAUCAUCACAUUUCCACUUGUUCGUCAUCGCAUGGUCACAUAUGGCAGAAGGUAUCAGAUCUUAUGUGCAUAACGAAGAAGAAUAUGGGUACCAUUGACCGGAAUUAUUCAAUACAAAUGAAAGUUUCUGAUAUGACUUUGG